AUGCUAACAGUUCUGAGCAUGUUUUACUACAUUUGCCUCAGACGCCGGGCCCGGCUAGCUAGUAGGGGAGAUAUGAUUAACAGCCGUAGAGCCAUUGAAACAAACAGCCGUGCUUUGCCAAUGUGUGUUGAAGCUGUGCAGUAUGCCAAAGAAGUCCUGGAUUUCAGUUCUCAUUAUGGAAGUGAAAACAGCAUGUCAUAUACCAUGUGGAAUUUAGCAGGGGCUCCCAACGUUUAUCCAAGUUCAGGGGAUUUCACGCAGACAGCUGUGUUUCGGACGUAUGGAAAAUGGUGGGAUCAAUGUGCUAGCCUCCCACCUUCUUUCAAGAGAACAUCACCAAGCUUCUUCAGUAGGGAUUAUGUAGAGCUUGCAUUUGAAGAACCUGUUUAUCCUACAGCAGUUCACAUUUUAGAAACGUAUCAUCCUGGGUCAGUGGUGAAAAUACUUGCUUGUUCUGCAAACCCAUAUUCUCAGACUGCACCUACAGAAGUCAGAUGGGAAACUAUCUGGUCUGGAGAACCUACAUGUGUGAAUUCACCUCAAGCUCGUCAGUUUACACCAUGUAUAAAGGAAAUAGAUUUUCCAACAAACCUUCUUCGCCUGGAAACCAACAGUACACUUUUGGAAUAUUACACAGAACUAGAUGCGGUUGAAUUACAUGGAGUGAAAGAGAAACCUAUGCUUUCCUUAAAAACAGGCAAAAUUGACAUGAACGAUUUGGAUGACGAUGAAUAUGAGGGUAAAGACGGCUGUGGAAUAGACUGCCUUAGUAAUCAAUUUAGUAGCUCCAGCCUCAGGGAAUGGACAAAUAACGGCUACUUUGACAAGCUGCCUUACGAGCUAAUACAACUGAUCAUUAGCCACUUAGCACUCCCAGACCUGUGUCGCCUGGCGCAGACAUGCAAACUACUUUAUCAGCACUGCUGUGAUCCUCUUCAAUACACUCACCUAAGUUUACAGCCUUAUUGGGCCAGUUUGAAUGAUGCUUCUUUGGAGUACUUAUUGCCACGAUGUACACUAGUGCAGUGGCUCAAUUUAUCUUGGACUGGAAACAGAGGCUUUAUCACUACCUCAGGUUUUAGCAGACUGUUAAAUGUGUGUGGCUUGGAACUUGUGCGCUUGGAGUUGGCCUGUGGCCACUUUUUAAAUGAAGCAUGCCUGGAAGUCAUUGCAGAGAUG